GCGCGAAGCCACGUGAAUUGACGUGGGGCAGCCUCGUUCGUCGAUUCGACUGCGCGCCGCGCGUAGGGGCAGCCAACACACGGGCAGGGUGCAGCGUGCGUGAGCGACACGCUGCAGGACAGCCAGAUCAAGGCAGCCGGCAGGGCAGCCAGGGCAGCGCCAAGAUGGGCCGCAGCCUCGGCUCGCCCCUCGACGGCCACGCCGCGCUUAAAGACCUGGGCCGCAUCGUGAGCGAGAUGAGCAACAUGAAGGCCAUGAUGCGCGAGAUGGCGCGGUCGGCCCGCCUCAAACAGCAGGAGGAUAUAAUUGCAAGGAACCAGCGCGCGCGGGAACAGGUGAAGCACGAAUUCGUCAUGCGCAACGUGGCCAAACAAAUUGAUGAGCAAAGAGAGUACCUCGCGAGCCAGGCGUCCAAGCGCCACGAGCAGCGCCAAGCCACGUGGCGCAAGGAGCAAUUGAAGGAGGCGCGGAGGCGGCGCGAGGCCCGGAAGCGCGCGUCGCCGCGGCGCGGACGGCCCACUUCUCGAGUAUUCCCUACUGUUGAAUCGACGAGCGCGUUCAUGACAGAACCACCUGACGAACCAGUGAAGCCUCGGCCGCAGUCCGCGGCGGCGAAGGUUCAAUCUGAGACGUUCUCCGGCGGCUUCGUCGUCCCGCCUCGCACGUGCGCGAACUGCGGGCGCAAGUUUCCCUCCGUGAUGCACCUCCUGAUGCACGACGCGGCCGGCUGCAAGAAGCGCCGUGCGCGGCCGGCCACGCCGCCGACGCCACCCACACCACCCACACCUCCAGCACCUGAACCCGCGCCCGCGCCCGCGCCGCCGCCGUUCAACGGCCGCAAGCCGUGGGGCUUCGCCGGACCGCGCAAGAAGAAGGCGUCGUCGCGGUCUCCACCGCCGUCGGAGAAGAAGGCGUCGUCGCGGUCGAAGCACCCCUGGGAGGCCUCACCGCCCCCGAAACGCGUGCCUGAUCCUGGGAAGCGCGUGCCACCCAAGCGCGCAGAAGCGCCACCGCCGCGGCGGCCCACCGGCUUCACCUUCGAGGGCCCAAAAAGGCGCGACCCGCCGAAACGGCCGCCGCCGCCGCUUCCUCCCUCGCCGCGUCCCAUGCCAUCAUCGCCGAAAACGCUCUAUGAGGUCCUCGGCGCUUCGCAGUAUGCAACUGAGGGUGAACUCCGGAAGCGCUACCGCGCGCUCGCGCUUGCGCAUCAUCCUGAUAGGAAUGACACGGACACGACCGCGGCAAUGAUGCGUAUCAACAGUGCCUGGGACGUGCUCGGCGACGCCGCCACGCGCCGGCGCUACGACCUGUCCCUCCCGGAUUGAGUUUGUGUGUACACGUGUGUAACAUUAAGAUAAGGUUAGAAA